AUGUCCGGCUUCAUAAGAAACGCGCUGUGCUUCGCACUGCUCACCUCCUUGUCCGCGGCGCGGCGCAUCCGCGCAAACUCCGCAGGGCGCAGCCUUCUCCUUGAGGUGGAGGACCAGUUGGGCUCCGAGGUGCGCCAGGCUUUGAGCCAGCGCGCCCCAGAGCUCGAGGAACAUCUUCGUCACACGUUCCUGUCCCUUCCACAGAACAGCCGCGGGGCGGUUGGGCCAGGUGGAGCUCGAUACGCGCUUCAUCGGCUUUUCGUGCAGCUGCACGGAUGGCAGAUGAAAGGUCUCCGAAUGGAGGACGGCGACUGGUAUCGCAGCUCCCCGCUUCCCGCCUUCGGCAACCACCUGCCCCAGCACCUGCACACGUUCUUGGAGACACGUGUCUCCCAUGGCCUCGACUUGCAUGAGCUCGCCAUUGUGGCUGGCCUGUUGGAGCACAAGGUCCACGACCAGGCUGAGAAGAGGCUCGCGCUUGCCUACAAGGCCUUGAAGCAGGAACGCGCGGCCGUGUCUCGACAUGAUGCCUUCGACAUCAUGCACACGUACCUUGCGACGUACAUCCUCGGCAAGGAGGACGAGGGGGAGUCGGAAAGCGUUGCCAUCGAGAAGAUGUUGACGAACCGACAGCACUUGGAUGGAGGCUACUACCCACGCUGGACGGAGGCUGCUGAUUUGCUGCAGCAGGCCGCGGACGCUGUGGCGCCGGGCGCGUCGAGCUUCGAGUUCCACCAGAUCUUGGCGAGCUUGGAGCGCGUGGCAGAUCAGAUUUUCCACCUGGAGAACCGAGAGUGCGGUGCGAUCCGACAGCAACUCACACAGCUGGAGGACCACGAUGCCAGUGGCCGAGUCACUCUGGCGGACUUCUACAACACGACCCUGCACAACUUCUUCUCCAGUGCAUUCACCGAAAGCGAACAUUAUCUCCGAGACGCCGGGGCAUUGGACGAGUCCGUCCCAGGCAUGCCACGCGUGAUCAUUCCCAACUACCUCAUGCUGGACUCCAAUUGCCUCGGCUCCUCUGAGUACUACGCCGUGUGCUGCAUCGACGAGUGCGAGGUGCUCUUGGACACCAUCGAGUCCAAGAUCCACGCGCCGACGGCCUCGCCAAAACAGCUGACCCAGUUGGUCUCCUCCCUUGGCGCGGAGUAUGCCUUGGAUGAGAGGUCCUGGACUGAACUCCAAGCCCGCCUUGGUGACAUCGCCGACAGCGAGGGCCAAGUCCCUCUUCAUGGACGCCUCUUUGCCCAGUGGCUUCACCAUGCGUUCCCACGCGUCUGCCCCUUCCCUCACGAGGCCGGGAGCUUCCUGGCAUCCACAGCGGCGCCCCUAGAGGCGAGUGCAGAAGCGAUGAGGUCGCGCAUUGAUGAGGCCCCGGACAAGUCCACCACGAGCUUGGAGCAGUUCAAGUAUGCCAUGUGGACUGACACGGAGCAGCUCGUGGAUGCCAACAAACACCAGGUUCGAUCUUGGGGCCGUUCCUACGUCUCCAUUCUGAUGUUUGCGGGUGUUGUCAUCGGCACUGUCUCCUCACUGGCGAAGCUGGCCCCUCCUGUAGCCCGGAAGGUGGAUUAG